UUACUUAUUGGCAAUUACCAUUUAGCAUUCACACGAUAAGUUAUACGCCUUUUGGCUGUACGUUGGAUUUCUGUCUAGAAUUUCGUAAAUAAGUCUAAUUAUAUUUAAAACCAAAACAAUUUCUCGAUGGCAAGUCAAACUCAGGGAAUCCAACAGCUGUUGGCUGCCGAGAAGAGGGCAGCUGAAAAAGUAUCUGAAGCCAAAAAACGCAAGGCAAGGCGCUUAAAGCAAGCUAAAGAAGAAGCACAGGAUGAAAUUGAAAAGUAUAGACAAGAGAGGGAAAAACAAUUCAAAGAAUUUGAAAUCAAGCAUAUGGGAUCACGCGAAGAUGUUGCAGCCAGAAUAGAUGCCGAUACUAAAAUCAAAAUUGAUGAGAUGAACAAAGCAGUGGUUGUUAAUAAAGAGGCAGUUAUCCAACAAAUACUUGAGCUUGUAUAUGAUAUCAAGCCCGAGUUGCACAAGAAUUUUAAAGCAGCAGCCAGCAAGGAAUGAAUUGUGUCAUAGUACUAUUUCUCUUUCAUAUUUUCCAUACUGAGAAAUAUAUUUAUGUACAAAAUAACAUUUCUAUUUUAGUUUUGAUUUGAAUGAAACAUUCCGCCUGCAUGAUUUUAGAUUUUAUUUAUUAUGGUUUCAGAUUAAGAUGUUUUACCAAUAUUUUCUGUUUUGUUUGUGGAUCGUUAAAACAUAAGUAACAAUAAUUAUUAUAAAUAUAAUGUUGAAUAUGAAUUCAAGUGAAAGUGUAUUUUAUCUUACUUACAGUGUUUAUUGUCUAUUUUUAUUAUUGUUUAUUUAUAUUGUUACUCUUAAGGUAGAUGAUUUAAUAUGCGGAUGUCUGAGUAGCGAUUGCAAAUAAACUUAAUAUUACAUUGUUA